AUGAUCAAUCCAUUAAAUAAACCAGCUUUAGGAACUAGAUUAAUGAAUCAUGUUUUCUUUCCAAAUUUAAAACUUCAAGUCAUUAGAAACACACAAAAAUCAUUCCCAACUGAUGGUAAAUUAAUGUUCAAAACCAAUUGUGAUGUUGGUAAAGUAGAUAUUAAAACAUACGUCAAAGCCCUUUAUGGUACUCCAGUCGAUAAAGUAAAUACAAUCAAUGUUCAAGGUAGAAUUAAACAAGCCAUUAAAGGUUUUGGUAGAAAAGCCUCUCGUAUCAAUUAUAAAUAUAAAACUACAGAUUAUAAAAAAGCUAUCAUCACCGUUGAUGAAUCAUUAAAAAGUCAAUUAUCAAGAAAAAAACUUAAUAAAUAA